AUGCCUCUCUGCGAUGCAGAAAUCAGGCACCUUAUACACGCCGGCAAGCUCCUGAGUCAACGGGUGCCACCACUGACCGCAGAGGAGACGGCCUGGCUCGACAAGACGCGCCGCGAGAACGAACGGUUCUUCACGGUCCCUGCUGACUCCCAAACCGCCAGCGACGCGGCCAACGCAAACCCCAUGGUCAGGCUCGACUUCACCGCCAUCCCCAUCAAGGACGCCUACGCGAGAGAGCUCCUCGCCAUCCGCCAGAAGCGGAGCUGGACUGAGGACGAGUCGGGGUGGUUCGCCGUCGCCCGCGGCCAGCUCGACAACAUCCGAGACAGCCCCAGACACAUCGGCGCGCCGUCGUCAUCGUCGGCGUCAUCGUCGUCAUCAUUGCCAGCGGCAAACAUUACAAGCAUCACCAACUUCACCUUGCCGACGGACCCGGGUGCCCUCACGCCCACCCGAAACGCCAUCGCCCACGCGGACCUGCAGAGGCAGUGGUGCAUGGAAGAAGACAAGUCUGUCGUCGCCGCCACCGAACCUCCUCCUGCUGCUACUUCAGCCAUCGACCCGCCACCACCGCCGCCGAGCGUGCAUACCGCACCCGAGACACCUCGUUCCAAGAACAGACGUGGCUAUACCAGGUCGUCCUCAGUUGUCUCUACAUUGCAGGCUGCUGCGCCAGUCACAGCCGGCCGGCCGCCCGUCCGUCCUUCCGCUCUUUCUCGUUCCAUCUUUAGUCGUGCUACUCCUUCUCAUCCACCGCAAAACGCCGCUGUUGAUGCCGCUGCCAUUGCCGGCUUCUCUCGAGUCUCGACCGAGUUGCUCCAGAAGUACGAAGAAUACUCCGAUGAAUACAAGAAGCUUCAACCGUCGGUUUCGAGGUAUAUCGAGCUCGAAGGCCUCAUGAGGGAGCUAGAAGUCAAGAUGUACGCCAACUUGUAG